AUCGCGGGGGCAUAGGUAACCUUGAAAAGCCCACCCUCGAAGCGCUACUACUUUCGUCCGCCAAGUCCGCCGGAGUUUGCUUCAGUUUCCAGCCGUGGUGUCGCGCCGCGACGAUCGCGAUCGCGACGAGUCGGUGAUCGAGAGCGAAGAGGCUGCUUCCGAGACGUUCAGAGUCACGGUGCAAAGUCGGCCGGGUCGUCCUAACGAUUUUCCGCGGCAUGAUAAGAGACUCGACUGCGAAAGAGACCACGGGAUGCACCGCUGAGUAUCGUCGAAGUGUCACUUGGUGAGGAGAUCGCGGGAGCAUCGCCGUCGGGCCGACGUUGACUGAGUAAGUGAUCGCGCGCGCGUGAACUCGUGCGGCGGUUUAUAGGUUAUACGCGGCGGCCGCUGAGACGCUCUCCUCCGGCGCGUAGGGAGAAUGUCGUCUGCGGGGAAUUGACUGGCGAAUGCCGCCACCGUUGUCGUCACUCGCGAUAGUUACCGGUGCUACAGCAGCAUGGUGCAACGCGCGGUCGCGCCCCGGCGCAACGUCCGGAUACUGUUGAUCGGUGAGCGCGGCGUCGGCAAGACCUCGCUGAUCCUGUCGCUGGUGAGCGAGGAGUAUGCCGAGGAUGUGCCCAGCAAGGCCGAGGAAAUCACGAUACCGGCGGACGUCACGCCGGAGCAGGUGCCGACGCAUAUAGUCGAUUACUCAGCGGCUGAACAAACAGAUGAUCAAUUGGCGGAGGAGAUUCAAAAGGCCCAUGUGAUAUGCGUGGUCUAUUCCGUGGAUGAUGAGGACACUUUGGACAGAGCCGCCAGCUAUUGGUUACCGUUAAUCAGAAGAUGCUCGCCUGACAAUCGGUGUCCAGUUGUGCUUGUAGGCAAUAAGAUUGACCUUGUGGAUUAUUCCACGAUUGAGGCGGUGUAUCCCAUCAUGAAGGAGUUUACAGAAAUCGAAAGUUGCAUAGAGUGCUCAGCAAAGACGCUUCAAAAUGUUUCCGAGACAUUCUAUUAUGCACAAAAGGCGGUUUUGCAUCCUACCACACCUUUGUAUAAUUAUGACACACAAGAGCUCACAGGAGAAUGCAAAACUGCCUUACAGCGGAUUUUUAAAAUAUGCGAUUUAGAUAACGAUGGGCUCCUCAAUGAUAUGGAGCUGAACGCGUUCCAGCAAUGGUGCUUCAACACGCCGUUGCAGCCGCAGGUGUUGGAGGACGUGAAAGCUGUGCUAUCGAAAAACAUUUGCGACGGCAUCUGUAACGGAUGUGUCACCAUGAAGGGGUUCAUGUACUUGCAAUGUUUAUUCAUACAACGCGGGAGGAACGAGACGACCUGGGCUGUGUUAAGAAAAUUCGGAUACGACAAUGAAUUGCAAAUGUCGAAGGAAUACAUUCACCCUCCAUUGAAGGUGCCGUCUGGCUGCACCACCGAAUUAUCGCACAGAGGCCAGGAAUUCCUGACGCUGCUGUUUAUGCAGCACGAUCGUGAUCGCGACGGUGCUCUGUCGCCCAUAGAAAUGGAGUCGCUGUUCUCGCGAUGUCACGUUCCACCGUGGGGGGAAGAGUACAAGCACACCGUACCUACGAACGAGAAGGGUUGGAUCACGUUCCAAGGGUACAUGUGCCAAUGGGCGCUACUGACACUGACGAACGUGCGCAAAACCCUGGAAUACAUGGCGUACCUGGGCUACAAUAUGUACAAUAACGAAUGUCAGACGAGCGCGGUGAUUGUGACCCGCGAGAAGAAGGUAGAUCUGGCCAAGAAGCAAUCUAGCAGAAACGUUUAUACCUGUCACGUGAUCGGCCAAAAGAGCAGCGGGAAAACUACACUCUGUAGGACUUUCAUCGACCCGAAACUCGAGAAGUUGAACAACCAGUCGGUGCCGCCGAAUGCUCACGUCACCGUGAACACUUUGCACGUGUACGGCCAGGAGAAGAUGAUAGUGUUGAAGGAUAUAAACGUGCUGAACGUCCAAGAUGCGCUAACUCCAGCGGAGAUCCAGUGCGACGCAGCUGCUCUCGUCUACGACGCCAGUAAUCCAAAAUCCUUCGAGUACAUAGCGCGUAUUUACAUCAAAUAUUUCGCCGACAGCAAGAUUCCAGUCCUGAUAAUAGCAAACAAAAGUGACCUUUCGGAGGUAAAGCAGUGUUAUCUGUUGCAACCGGCCAGCUUCUGCAGCAGGUAUAAGCUAAUGCCGCCGCAGCCGUACAGCAUCUCCCGCACAGUUCGACGUGAGAUCUUCGUAAAGCUCGCUACAAUGGCGGCUUUCCCCCGCUUUCAAGGAGCGUGGGUAUUAUUUUACCGAGACAGCCGUUUGAGGCGUAUGGUCCACAUGUUGCUUGUCGAACCCUCACCCUCUCAGUGGUGGAGUUCUUUUACAAGGCAUAUAAACCAAUUCGGCCUAAUGCAAGGGGACUCCAUGGUCUGGUGGAAAGCAGGAUUGGGAAUCGCGGUCGCCACUGUUGCUGGUUACGUGAUGAUGCGGGUGUUGAAUACGGAAAAGAGAUAGUCUACCACAUACACUCCCGUGCUACUUCUGCGUGUUUAACUGCCUCCCGAGUUGUCGAGUAAAGAAAGAGAAAGUCAUAUUAGAUGAUCGCGUUGAAUAGAAGUUGAGUAUGGCAUAUAUUUAUAUGUAUAUGUAUGAUAUUAUACAUAUUAUAUAAAUCACUGAUUUUCAAUAUAUGGCUAUUUUCAAUAGCUGAGCAUUAGAGGAUUACCGUAAAGGUGCGAAACUGUUUCGCGUAGAUGCGCUUAUAUUUUCGCUCUCGUCAGGACGCCAGAACUUUUUAUUUGCUGUUUAUUCUCCCUAGUGUAUGUAUCUUCUUCUUCUACAAGAAGUAUUUUCACCCUCUGUAAUAAAUUAUUGUUUAAUGUAUUGUAAUAUAAAGUGAAGAGAAAAUGUGA